GUUUAGUCCUUUCGUCUUCAGGAUCCAAGGCCAGAUGCAACAAUCGAUUACGGCACGAGUCUCCGACAGUCUGGAAUACCAAUGAUCCGACCGACAAUAGAGAGUUAGGCGACCAUGGGAGUAGUUGGUUGCGGGCCGGCCCCCGUCAUGGUUGUGGGAUGGGUUCUCGUAGCCAUCGCGACAGGCGUCAUAUUCGCACGAAUUUACCUGCGCCUAAAGAUCCAACGGCGACGGCUCCUCGUUAGCGAUGCCCUGAUGGCUACUGCGUGGGUUUUCGCGGUUGCCGAAGUUAGCAGCCAUGUUGUUAUGAUGAAUCUCGGUGGGCUCGACAAAGGAGUCGGAACAACGCCGGUGGGGUUUCAUGGCGGUUCCUAUAAGCUACAAGCAAUCACAAAGGCAUACUGGUUCAGCCUCAUCCCGUUCUUCGGGGCCGUGUAUCUAUGCAGGGCAGCUCUACUCUCCAUGUACCUGGAAAUAUUUCCAGUCUUCAUGCGGAAGAGAAGGAUAUUCUUAUGGAUGACCAUUUGCUACAACUUCCUUGCGCUACUAGCAACUUUUGUUGUUACGUAUCGCCUCUGCUAUCCGAUGGAUAGAUUAUGGGAUCUAAAUCUCGAGAGAGCCUGUCCUGGCUCACUGGGGAAAGAGAUAUUCAACAUCACCUGGGCUCUCAAUUUUGUCGGGGAUAUGCUAGUCUUUUUUCUGCCUUGGCUUGUUGUCCCUGGGUUGAAGAUUCGGACAAAGCUCAAGAUUGGACUUUAUGCCACGUUUCUGCUCGGGCUCAUCACCAUUUUGUUCAGCAUUAUGCGCUUGGUGUAUACCGCCAAGUCACAAGUGAGAAACUCAGUGCCUUACAGUACAGUUAUGCUGUGGGCCACAAUCGAAAUGAACCUCGGUCUUAUCAUUACGUGCUUGCCAUCUCUCCGGCCGUACCUCAGGAUCAAGGAGGAGAAAUCUCGAGGCUACCAGGGGCCAUCGGGAUCGGGCGAAUCGUCCAGGAGACUGGAGACUGGAGCAAUGGGCUCCGUAGCGAUGCGUACCCUGUCAAACCGCGAUAACCAUUGGGAUGCUCGCCAUAGCAACGGCAGCGAAGCGGAGAUUGUGGAAGCGAAAUCGGACGAGGAAGGCGUUCCGUCGACAACAGGAUCCAUUUACCCAAGAUAGAAG